GCAGCUCCUCCUCGGGCAGAGAGGUAAGUUCCUUAAUGUAACGGAACAGACCCCGAUAAUGCUACCGAGCCCCGUCACUUCCACGCCGUUCUCUGUCAAAGAUAUACUGAACCUGGAGCAGCACCAGUCUCUGCAUCUCGAAUACCCGCACGCGCAGUUGCAUCUGGAUCUGGAUUUGCAACAGCAGCAGCAACAUCUUCAUACACCUCUAUCGUGCAUUCUGGCGGCCGGGGGAAGUCCCGGCUUCUCAGACGGAGAGGAAAAAAUGUCCUACCUUAAUUCGUUGUCGGUGCAGGAUAGCCACGGAGAAGCAAGUCUCUCUCCGGACAUGUAUGUCCAUUCGACUUUGGGACUCGCGACGGACUCCAAAUUAGAGGUCGCACUGGAUGACCAGGAACCCAAGAACUGCAGAACUGUCACCAAGACUCAGGAAUGUGAGGACGGCAGACAGUCGGACUCUGAGAGGCCGCAGAAGCAGCGAGCGAGGCGAAAACCGAGAGUUCUUUUCUCGCAGGCCCAGGUGUUCGAACUUGAGAGGCGCUUCAAACAGCAAAGAUAUUUGUCCGCGCCCGAGAGGGAACAUUUGGCGACCACCCUGAAGCUCACUUCCACACAGGUCAAAAUUUGGUUCCAAAAUCGACGGUACAAGUGCAAACGGCAACGCCAAGACAAGUCGUUGGAAAUCGCAGGACAUCACCACCCGCCGCCGCCAAGACGGGUGGCAGUGCCAGUUUUGGUUCGAGAUGGGAAACCUUGCUUAGGGGGGUCGCAGAACUACAGCACACCGUAUACUGUGGGUACAAACCCUUACACCUACAAUGGUUACUCAUCUUAUACCUACAACAACCCAGCAUAUAAUAAUGGUUACAGCUGUACCUAUUCCAGCAUUCCUGCUCUCCCUCCCAGUACAACUGCUAACGCGUUUAUGAACAUGAACCUUGGUAAUAUUACGAACCUGGGACCUCCCCACCAGCCUCAAACACACCAAGGAACGACGGUAUCACCGUGUCAAGGAACACUGCAAGGUAUUCGUGCUUGGUAGCAAAGACACAAGGCCAUAGAGAGACAGGCAUCUCCCUCUUAACUCAUCAAUUUCAUUUCAACCGUCGUGGAAAUUCACAUUGAUGCACCUUUGGCAGUAUUUCCGAGAGAAACUGAAAGUGUUGUUAGAUCAUAAAAAGAGGACAUGACGAGACUGGGGCUGUUGUGAACGGUGUAUACCCAGAUAUAUCAUUCAUCUGUCAUUAACAUGUAUGGAUAUUUCUUAAUAUUGCGAAAAAUAAUAUUGCAAUAAUUAAUCGCAAUAGCGGAUGGUCUGAAGGGAAUGAAGCAGAGCUGUAUUACGGUAGUUUUCUCUGUUCUGUUAUACAUGCUAAAACAUAAAAUUCCACUGUGUUAAACUCAGCCAUGGCUUCAUGGCCCCCCAGAAAUAAAGGCCACUGAGACAGAAAGGGGAAAUGCAAUGACGU